AUGUCUUCAGACAACUUCCAUAACCUGCCAUCUGAGAUCCUGGCCAUUAUCUGCUUGGAGCUACCAACAUCCUCCUUAAAAGAGUUUUCACUGGUCGACCGCCGAUGCCGCGCUUUGAGUCUACCAAUACUCUUUCGCACAGUCCAUGUUUCCUUUUCCACUAGAGGUUUGAAUGAAUUCUACAGCUUCGCACAUUCUGGUCUAGCAUCCCAAGUUCGGGUACUCUGCUACGAUGUCUCGGAAAUUAUUGACCCACUGGUACAACAUUGGGACUACUUCACCACCUGUAUAUACACCCCACAGGAAUAUUCCCGAGACCAAAGGGAAUUCGGUUGGGGGCUUCGCGAAAAAGCAUUUUCCUACCGAUCAAUUCACUCCGGAUUUCUUGACCUUAUUGAAAGUCAGCAGAGGGCCCUCGUGGAUCGACAAGACAUACAGGUUCUUUGUAAUUGUGUUCAGCGACUGGUGCGAUUGACCACCAUUCGACUAUCUUUCAGUGAGCCAGACAGAAGCCAGCUUCUUUGGUUCAGUAGCCGCGUCUUCCUAGAUUGGGAAUAUUCCUUUCCGGUCCACUUGGAGGCUAUCCUUUGUUGCAUUCAGUCAGCUCAGUCACAAGGGAUUCGAGUUUCCUCCCUCGAGAUUACUGGCUUUUAUGCGAGCAUCACCAACGUAGCGCUGGUUGACUUGGCAACAGCAGCACUAUCCGAUAUAAAACAUCUAUAUCUUUACGACAGUGUCAACCUACUGAGUUGGCUAGCCGAUAUUCCUCUCCCAUCAUUAAUGGAAGUUGAGAUUGGUCAUUGCUGGAUAGUGGGGUGUGACCUUCACAUGUUCCGAGAGAAGCACGACCCAGAUUGCACAAAAUUGAGUCUUCAAGAUGUCCAGCUCUAUGGGCAUUGCGAAGGAAAUCCUUGUGUAAUCUAUUAG